UCACUCUUUGUCAUCGAACGCGCGGUUUGUUGAUCUAUCAUCGUGGCUAAAGAAAGGACAUUAUUGUCUUUGAGAGAAAGUCAUGGGUUUUUUGGAGAAAACUCUGAUCAUAGCCGACAUGAUCGGCCUUUUCCUUGUAACCCGCUAUCCGUAUUUUGAUUUAUUUUGUCUUCUGAUGAGGAUGGGAAGCAAAGCUGACACAGUCAAGAUGAAAGUGGAUUCCAUCUUCGACACGUUACGCCCAGAAUACUUAUCUUUCUACCUGAACGGCGCUAUAUUCUUCGUUUGCGGCACUGCCAUGACUCUGGAUAUGAGAAGAAGGACAUUUGGGAUAGUUUCGGCGUUUCAUAUUUUCAUCAGCGCUAUUCUGCUAUGCUUUGAGAACCAAAGGUGGUCUGAAUUUAUGAUGGUCAAGGUUGUGGCAAGAGCUGUAGGUGUUAUUGGCGGUUAUCUAUUUGUGGCAGGUGGCCUGACAGACAGCAUGAGAGGCUAUGCCAAGAUAUCACACUUUCUACACACCGGCCGUCAAGUCCUGGCCCUCUACUUAUUCUAUAAUGCAUACAUGAUAUGGAUAAGCCAAGAAGAGAAGAUAGCGCUUGUCAAACAUAUACCUGGCGGGGUGGUCAUGCUUAUUGUUGUGGUAGUUAUCUAUGUUGCUUGUGGUCUGUGUAUUUAUGGUGGAUAUGAAGCAGGGUACUUUGGUAAGCUUGCUGCCUGGUUAAUUACAGUAAUCACAGUUAUUGUGGAUUUUGAUGUAAAGUUUUGGUACAAGUCGGAAAGCCAUGUUGAAUAUUGGACUCAGAUUUUGUUGGCAUCUAGAAAUAUUUCUGUAGUUGGUGCAUUGUUACUGUUAGGAAGAAAGCGACACUGGUAGAACUUACCACAAAUCCUAGGGAUAUUGUAAUUUAUAUUAUAUUUAAUUGGAAUAAAGUCUUACUCUGUUUCACCUCACUUCAAA